UUGACCAGAGACGUUAUUUCCUGAAACUUUGUUGGGUUCAGCAAGUGAAUAACGAGAUCGUUAAUUAUUUUGACGAUUAGCUCUUCUACUUAAUGUUCUACGCUGCCCAUAAUGGUGUGUAGAACAAUUGUUUUUGAUAUCUUGCUACUUGUAACGGUUAAUGUGAUAGAAAGUGUAAAAUUUGCAGGUCUUGCAAAGGUAUUUAAAUCUCCAGCGUCAUUUCACCUUCCACCGGUCUUCGAUGUCCCCGUAAUACCACGUCCAACCUAUGACAUCUCCUUCAAUUUCCCAUCCCAUUCCCUUUACGGACGGGGAAAUGUUAGACCUGUUGAUUCUGUAGGUCCUUUCAACUCGUUUGCGAAUAUUAGACCCUGGAAAUAUGACCCUUCACCACACGAAUCAGGAGAUACUGAAAUCAAUUUUGCAAAUGAACAUUGGGUACCCAACUAUAACUUCCUGUUGGGCAAUACUCCACCACCACUUAGUCCAGGAAGUUAUGGACAAAAUCACAACUCGAUCGAUGACACCGGUAGCGCAGCGUUGGAAUUCUUCUUAAAUCACUCUCUGGCGAAAAGUACCACCUCCAAUUUCACCAUCCACCAUUACUAUCGCGACAAAGAUACGGUUGAAAAAGAGGCCACCAUCGACCUUAACGCUAUUACUACUUGCGUUGGAGAUAUUGGUACUUUCUGCCCAGCAAAUACAACGUCUCUCUGUACCAAGAACGGAACAGUGAUGUGUGUCACAAGUGCUACGACCACCGUCCCUUGUAACAAUGAGGGACAAACAAGCUGCGUACGGAGUAGUGUGCCAUGCAAAGACAACAACAGUACGGAAUGUAAGCAAUCUUCUGGGGAUGCUGUUUCUAUGACCAUACCUUGUAUUUCUACAGCCAAGGUUUAUGGAAGCAUUACUUUUGUGAACAACAGCAUCGUAGUUUCUAAUAGUACUGCUAGCAAUACAGACACUAUUACAAAUAAUUCUAAUACAGCGGCUGUAAUGAAUGCAACUAACGUAGAAGGAGGCCCCCCACAGAAGUUUUGUGUAACUAUCCUGGCUUUACCAACCGAGAGACAAUUGACCGAGGGGGAGAAGCUAUUUAGUGAAGCCAAAGAGGUGUUUUCUUUAUUUGCCGUUAAUGCUUUGGGGCUAAAUUAAAACAAGCGCACCAAAAAACACACUGAUGUAAAUAAAACGUUUAUAAAGCAUUAGUUCUACCUACUCCUUUGCCUUGAAAUGUUUUAUCCACAUCGAGAGAUGGACUAAUAUAAGAAUUAAAUUUCUUUCAUAAUCGGUUUUGACAGUUUUAUAUGUCUGACAAACAUAUUACUCUUGGGAGUGAAUAUACAUUGUUGAAACUUUAAAAAUGUAUUGUGCAAUUAAUAAUGUUCACAUUUUUUCUUAAUAAAUAUUUUUUAAUAA